CCUGAGGAGAUAUAAGAGAGCUGAACUGAACUGAGAGAGCAUGUGUGUGCAUUAACAGACGGACAGCAUGAUGCAGACACUGGCUCUCCUGCUGCUUCAGGCAGCAUAUGUUUUUGGAUGUGGCACACCGGCUGUCAAACCUGACACCAACAGAGUGGUGAAUGGAGAGGAUGCUCGUCCUCAUAGCUGGCCAUGGCAGAUCUCCCUGCAGGUGAAGCACGGCAGCCGUUUCCAUCACACUUGUGGAGGGACUCUGGUCGGACCUCGCUGGGUGCUGACCGCUGGACACUGCAUCUGGCCCGGUGAUGUGUACCGUGUGGUCUUGGGAGAGCACAGCAUGAGUGUGCAGGAGGGCACCGAGCAGAUCAGAGACGUUCUGCGCAUCGUUGUCCACCCUAAAUGGGACAUUGACUUUGUGGCUGAUGGAAACGAUCUCGCCCUGCUGAAACUGGAUAAGAGCCCGAUUAUGAGCGACAGUGUCGGCGUGGCUUGUCUUCCAGAGGCCGGAGAGAUCCCCGCCCAUGGGACACCAUGUUACAUCUCCGGCUGGGGCAACCUUUACACUCAUGGCCCUAUGCCUGAUAAGCUGCAGCAGGCCUUGCUGCCUGUGGUGGAGCACAGCGUGUGCAGUCGCAGCGACUGGUGGGGCAUCAACGUGAAAAGCACCAUGAUCUGCGCAGGAGGAGACAUCGUAUCUGGAUGCAAUGGCGACUCUGGAGGUCCUCUGAACUGUUUGGGUCAGGACGGUAGGUGGUACGUUCAGGGUGUAACCAGCUUCGUUUCCUCCCGUGUCUGCAAUGAAGUGAAGAAGCCCACCGUCUUCACCCGCACGUCAGCCUUCACAGAUUGGCUCAGUGAAGUCAUGUUGAAAUACUGAGGAUCUGCUGGACGCCAGUUGAUCAACUGGAAAAUAAUGAGGUCCCAAGUUACAGUCUUUAUUUCACAUCAGGGUCAGACGCAGAACAUCUGCCAUCGCUGAAAAACAUGAAAAUGUAAAAUGAUACAAUGUACAAUAAACUUUUGCGUGUGUUUUAUCAGUA